CCGGCGCCGUGGGGCGGGGGGCUCGGGGGCCCAUUGGGAGUUUGUGCGGCCGCCUCCUUGUGCCGCGCUGCUCCCCGCGGUCAAGAGGAGGCGGGCAGAGGAGGGACUGUGUUUGCGGAGAGAGGGACGGUGCCUUGCAGCGCUACUGGUUCCUCAGCGUGUCCAUGCAGAAGGCGUCUCCAUCCCAUCCCCUCCCCUCCUUCUCUCACCCCGCUUCCCUGUGAUGGGGGAUAGACAGAACUCUCCCCCCGCCGCACCUCAUCGGGGUCUUACACGUGCGGUCGAGGGAGCUGGAAGAGAGCACCUGGACGCUAGGCAGUCUGAUAGCGCCACAGCCCUUCAAUAUCGGCUUACGGAUGAUUCUGGCUUAUUCUGCUGUACUUGUAUGUCAUGAAAAAUUGCGAGCAAGCUACUCGAGUCUGCUCAGGAAUGUAUUCUUUGCUCAUAUGUAAAUGUAAUACAUCUAGCUUCUCUCUAAUAAAUGUAUUGUUCAUUUCUUACAUAGAAAGGCAAGAAGGCUGAAAUGGGAUUUUUAAAAAGUCAGUAAUAGCAGGUAUGUGUUUCAGACUUUGAAAGGUGCUUUCCAGGCACAAUAAAGCAUGCCAUCUAGCCUCUUCUGAUUUGAAAUUCGUUUUUAAGGCGUCUGAUACAAAUAUUACUGACAUCUGGACAAAUCCAAGGUUUUAGUUCAAGCAGUAGCCUAAGGAUAAAGAGGUUAUAGCAUCAUCAGUGCAGUAUUAUAUCCACUUCAGGACAAAGACCUCAUCAUUUUGUUGCCAAAGAUUUCUGUUUCCAGCCACCAGUGAACAUCACCACACAUGUUUAGCAAAAGCUAGCAUUAUGUUUCUCCAUCUUCAGGUAAGGAAUCCAUGUUGCACCUGCCAUGCAUUGAUGUUCAUUCUGUUGUAACAGUAGUUCAUCUUCCUGUUGUGUGGGGGUGAGUAGGGGGUUGCUUAUUUUCCUUUUGUGACUUGAUUAAAAAUCAUUGUCACCUUAGGUUCUUAAGUCUUCCAGAUAUUCUUAUUGGUUUUCUUUUUUGUUUGUGUUCACUUCUAUAUAAUAGUAAGAAUUAAAAUAUUUUUCUUGAUUUAAUAUGACUGUUCAAAAAUAAAAUUAUUUUAAACUUUAACCAUGAAUAUCUGCUUUUUAUGUCUCUUUAGAUUUAAAAUAGAAAUGUUAUGGAGAGUAUUCUUCACCUAGCUUCCGUUUAACACAGUUACAUGGAAGUAAAAAAUCUAUACUUUCUCUUUCGCAUGCCUCAUUGAGAGAAGAGUACAGUAGUCAGGAGAAUACCUGCAACAACGUUGAGAAAUUACUAUUUGUGUAUUAAAAGUUACAUUUGUGUAGCGCCAUUCAUCCCACAGGAAUCGAUAAGACCUUUCCAAUUUAUAUAUUCAGGAAUAACUUAACCCACUGGUAAGUGUUACACAGCAGCUUUUUACAAAACACAUCAAUAAUGCAUGACAAUUUAGAAUAGGAAUUGAGCAAUAAAAUUAUCCACUGAAAAUGGAGGGUGACUUUAGGAAGGCGGAAUGUAAAUAUCCCAGUGGGAAUGUGACAUGACUCUACAGGCUAGGACCAUUUAACUCCUACAAAAAAAGGAAUAUUAGUGAUCACAAAUGGUCACGUUCUCCUCUGAAAGGCAACACCUUCCACAGAGAGUCCCAUAGCAUCAUGCUAGUUCAUUGUUUCAUUAUUGGUUUUGAAAAAAGAUUACCACUUACUGAAAUGACAACAUCACUUGUGGCAGUACCUGGAUUUUCCCCAGUUUCUUAACCAAGUACUGACAAAACCCAAUCCUGCUUAGUUUGUGAAAUCUGUCAAGAUCACAUCGUGAGGUGGAAUGGCUACUGGAAUACCCACAGAGGUAAAAUCUUUGCUCUGCCAAUCAGAUUACUUCUUUCAUGUUGCACAUUUUAUAAAUAUAAUUUUCAAUUUUUUUUAGAGUAGUUCUUGUUUGCCCUUCUCUGGAAUGGAUAUUUCUUCUCAUCCAUCUCGCCUCCUACAGCAACUGAAUGAGCAGCGCAGGCAGGACUUAUUCUGUGACUGCAGUAUCCUGGUUGAGGGGAAGGUCUUCAAAGCACAUCGAAAUGUGCUGUUUGCCAGUAGUGGUUAUUUCAAAAUGCUCCUUUCUCAGAGCUCAAAAGACAUGAGUCAGCCAACAACUGCCACCUUUCAUAUGUUCUCCCCUGAUACUUUUAUGGUCAUUCUGGACUUUGUGUAUUCAGGCAAGUUAUCUCUUACUGGUCAAAAUGUGAUUGAGGUAAUGUCAGCUGCCAGCUACCUACAGAUGACAGAUAUCAUUAGUGUUUGUAAGACUUUCAUUAAAUCUUCACUGGACAUCAGUGAGAAGGAGAAGGAUCGCUACUUCAGUCUUUCAGAAAAAGAUCUGAACAGUAAUGGAACUGAGAGUCCAUGCUUAUAUAGCACAGAAUGGAGAGUAGAAAGCAGUCCCCCACAUUCUCAAAUGGACUCUGACGUAGGGGUAUCUAUGGUGGGUGGAAAUUCCUGGAGUAAUUGCACCUACUACUCCGCUUCACAAAGGAACACCCAACGAUCUCACUUGACCAAACAGACUCAAAGACGGCAUUCCAUAAAAAAACGUAUGAGGCAGCUUGGAUUGCCACAGUCCACUGACGUCCCCCCUGGGAAAUCAAGGAAACUUGGAGAUAGAGCUUCAGAUCCUACUAACCACAUUUCUCAAUCUGAAGAGCAAACUCAGCUUGACACAGAAGUUGACUUUGCCGAUGCUGGGUAUCAACAUGGUCUGGGGUCAGAGGUGUUGCCAAGGAGCUUGCUAGAGACCCAGCAGGAGUAUGAAUCAUCUAGAUCAGCCAACAAGUCUAAAUCAUCAAAAGCAGAUGAGCUGUAUGCAAGUAUGCCCACAAUUUUAGGUGUUAUGGGGAGUUGGAUUGAAGAUGAUGUGAGGUUCAAGUGCCCAUUUUGUACCCAUAUGGUGAAGCGGAAAGCAGACCUAAAGCGUCACCUUCGUUGUCAUACAGGGGAGCGACCCUAUCCAUGUGAGGCAUGUGGGAAAAGAUUCACCAGGCUAGAGCAUCUGCGUAGCCAUUUUCGAACAAUUCAUCAGGCUUGUAAGCCAAUAUGCAGAAAGUGUAAGCGCCACGUGACUGACAUGACAGGGCAAGUGGUGCAAGAAGGAACAAGGCGCUACAGACUGUGUAAUGAAUGUCUGGUUGAAGCUGGCAUAGAAAGCAUUCCUAUUGACUUGGAGGCUGAACAAUCACUUGGGUUUUCACCAGAAGAGGACAAGGAUUCUAGGUGGCACUUUGGUGAAGAACACAGAACUAAGGAAGUUGUGGAGGAGGACUCUGUUGGCUUAAUCAUCCAGGAAGUUGAUGAUAGUGAAGAUGAGACUGAGAAAAAGGAAGUAAAGCCAAAUAUUAGUUAGUUGUGAAUUAAUUGAGAAUUAGUAAAUCUCACCAUUACAUUAAUUUUUUGUGUCUUGUCCAGGAAUCCCCAUAUCCCCAGACUCUGGUUAACAAGCAAAGUUCUGUCAUUAUGACUGUGAUACGAUCUUAUUUGCAUGCUUUGUAUUCUUCAAGACACCAAGAUCUGUGACAUUGGAAAGAAUUUCAAGACAGAAUAAUGAACAAUUCACCUUUGAACUACUAGAGGGAUGAAUAACUUUUUAUUAAAAUAUUCCUUAAAGACUUUUAAAUGAAGGAAAAAAAGAUUAAAUUCUCACCAAUACUUGCUCUCUCUUUAAGAAACAUUACACCAUUUAAAAAGCAAUCAUUUUUGCACAAGUUCUAAGUGUAGUUACUCUUGUUCAUAUUUUUUCAUUGGAUGCAUUUUUCAUCCAGCAAAAUAGAAUGAGAAUUAAAAUACUCUGCCACUGUGAAGCAGGAAGGGAAUUAGAGGUUUCAGAGUAGCAGCCGUGUUAGUCUGUA